AUGGAAGAUAACAGAUCCAAUUUAUUUCCCCUAAAUGAAAUGUGCAGAACAUGUGCAGCCAACACUAACACUGGCGCCAAUUCAAAAACUGCCAUCAAAUGUAUUUAUGAACCACUAAAUGGUAUCAAUAGCUGUGCUCCUCCGUGUCCUACAAUAAUCGAAAUACUAAUAAAAUUGGAACCACAAAUAGAAAUUGGCUUCCUAGACAGUUUACCGAAGAUUGUGUGCUUGGCAUGUGUGGAACAAUUGCAAAAAACCCAUACAUUUUUGACAUCAUACAGACAAGCCAAUGAAAAGUUAGAGAAAUUAUUAAAGUGUAUUCAAUCCGUGGAGGAAGCGGAAUCAUUGGGAAACGAAGCACAAUUAGAUGACAAUGAAUUUGGAAAGGCAAAUGUAGAUUCGGAAGAUUGUGAUAAUAAUGCCCUAGAAGGUUCAAUUGAAAAUCAUGAAGAUCAUUCACUGUCGGAUGGAUUGGUUCACAUGGAUUGUGAAGAAAUAAAUGAUAGUAGUUCAGAUACAAGUUGGAAAGAAAGUACAUAUUAUAGUUAUUUUUACUUUAGUAGUGAUCUGUUAAUGGAAACAUUACCAAUACCAAAGAAACGCACCAAAAAGAAAAUGAUUCAAAAGGCAACUAAAGAUAUAAUUGACGCGAGCAAAAAUAAUCUGGAUUCCAUUGAAGAGGCAUCACAAAAGAAUGCAGACGAAACAUAUACCUGCCAGGAAUGUAAAAUGGUUCUAAAUGAUUUGAAAAAAUGGAAACAACACAUGCGCACCGAACAUAAAACCAACAAGACAAGAAAUCUUGCUUUUGAGAAUCAUGUACGUACCCACACAGGUAAUACUCUUUUUAUGGUAAAUAAAAUCACCACACAUUACAUUGCAAUAUUAUCGAUUGUAUUUACCACAGGUGAAAAACCAUAUCUUUGUGUUGAAUGUGGCAAAAGAUUCAAGACUGGAAGUAAUUUACAUAUACAUAUGUUACGCCACAAAGGAGAGAAAAAUUUGCAAUGUCCAGAAUGCCCAAAGAAAUAUGUUUGCAAGAGUGAUCUUUAUUGUCAUAUGUUGAUUCAUAAAAAAGAGAAACCUUUUGUCUGUAGCACUUGUAGAGGUAGCUUUCUUCACGCAUAUUUACUAAGACAGCACAGUGUAUUACACACCGGUGAAAAGAAUUUCCCCUGCACACAAUGCAGUCUACGUACCAAACUCCUAAAAAGUCACAUGAUAACGCACUCCGGCGUAAAACCAUAUGCCUGUCCUUAUUGUGAUCGUGCCUUUGCCCAAAGUGGCGAUUGUAAUAAACAUAUAAAACAACAUAUCGGUGAAAAUAUCUAUCAAUGUGAAUUGUGUCCAUUGCGUUUUCCACUGGCCAGAGAUUUACGUACCCACUUUGCCACACAUAAGGUCCGAUCAUUUACAAUCUAA